AGGAAUCGUGGAACAAAAAGCUGUAUUUGUUUCAGCGAGCCUCCGACUAGAACUGCAGCUCUAGGAGAAGAAGUGUGCCAACUCUCUUCAUUCUGCUGUCCUAAGGCAGGAAAAUGGGUGACGCGGUAAUGGCGGAGUUUGGGCCAGCUGCUCCUUUUUUGAGGAAGUCGGAUAAGGAGCGUUUGGAAGCUCAAACUCGUAUUUUCGACAUGAAGAAGGAGUGCUUUGUUUCUGACCCGGUGGUGGAGUACGUGAAAGCGUCUAUAACCAGUCGAGAUGGUGACAAGGUCACGGCUGAGACUGAGUUUGGAAAGACGGUGACGGUGAAGGAGUGUGACGUGCACCCUCAGAACCCGCCAAAGUUUGAUAAAAUUGAAGACAUGGCCAUGUUCACCUUCCUCCAUGAGCCCGCGGUGCUGUUCAACCUCAAAGAGCGUUAUGCAGCAUGGAUGAUCUACACGUACUCUGGGCUGUUCUGUGUCACCAUCAACCCCUACAAGGGUCUGCCAGUCUACAACCAGGAGGUGGUUGUUGCCUACAGAGGAAAGAAGAGGAGUGAAGCUCCUCCUCACAUCUUCUCCAUCUCUGACAACGCCUACCAGUACAUGCUGGCAGACAGAGAGAAUCAGUCAAUUCUUAUCACCGGAGAAUCUGGUGCUGGAAAGACUGUCAACACCAAGAGAGUUAUUCAGUACUUUGCCAGCAUUGCUGCAGUUCCAAGUGCUGGAAAGAAAGAUGCAGCCAUUGAGAAAAAGGGGACCCUGGAGGACCAAAUCAUCCAGGCGAACCCUGCUCUGGAGGCCUUUGGUAACGCCAAGACCAUCAGAAAUGACAACUCUUCCAGAUUCGGAAAAUUCAUCAGAAUUCAUUUUGACAACCGAGGGAAGCUGGCUUCUGCUGAUAUCGAGACUUACCUUCUAGAAAAGUCUCGUGUGACCUACCAGCUCAAAGCUGAGAGGGACUAUCACAUCUUCUACCAGAUCUUGUCCCAGGUGAAGCCUGAACUUCUGGAAAUGUUGCUGAUCACCAACAACCCCUACGACUACGCCUUCAUCUCCCAAGGAGAGACAACCGUGGCCUCCAUCAACGACUCCGAGGAACUCAUGGCCACUGAUGACGCCUUCGAUGUGCUGGGCUUCACUCAGGAGGAGAAGAACAGCAUCUAUAAGAUGAUUGGAGCCAUCAUGCACAACGGAAACAUGAAGUUCAAGCAGAAGCAAAGAGAGGAGCAGGCCGAGGCUGAUGGAACUGAAGACGCUGACAAAGUUGCUUAUCUGAUGGGCCUGAACUCUGCGGACCUCAUCAAAGGUCUCUGCCAUCCCAGAGUUAAAGUGGGAAACGAGUGGGUCACCAAGGGUCAAAAUGUUAAUCAGGUGUACUAUGCUAUCGGUGCACUGUCCAAGUCAGUGUACGAGAAGAUGUUCCUGUGGAUGGUGGUGAGAAUCAACAACUCUCUGGAAACCAAGCAGGCUCGCCAGUACUUUAUUGGCGUACUGGACAUCGCUGGAUUUGAGAUCUUCGACUUCAACACCUUCGAGCAGCUGUGCAUCAACUUCACCAAUGAAAAACUGCAACAGUUCUUCAACCAUCACAUGUUUGUGCUGGAGCAGGAAGAGUACAAGAAAGAGGGCAUUGAAUGGACUUUCAUUGAUUUUGGUAUGGACUUGCAGGCGUGUAUUGACCUGAUUGAAAAGCCCAUGGGUAUCAUGUCCAUCCUUGAAGAGGAGUGCAUGUUCCCCAAAGCCAGUGAUACCACCUUUAAAGCUAAGCUUUAUGACAACCACUUGGGGAAGUCCAACAACUUCCAGAAGCCCCGGGUGGUGAAAGGGAAACCUGAGGCCCAUUUCUCUCUGGUCCACUACGCUGGAACUGUGGACUACAACAUCAACAACUGGCUGGUGAAGAACAAGGAUCCUCUCAAUGAGACUGUGGUCGGACUUUUACAGAAGUCCAACCUCAAGCUGCUAUCCAUACUAUUUGCUGGCUACGCAGGAGCCGACGCAGCUCAGGAGUCCGGCAGCAAGGGCAAAGGUGCCAAGAAGAAAGGUUCGUCCUUUCAAACGGUGUCUGCUUUACAUCGGGAAAAUCUGAACAAGCUGAUGACCAACCUGAGGUCCACUCACCCCCACUUUGUACGCUGCAUCAUCCCCAAUGAGUCCAAGACUCCUGGGGCCAUGGAGAACCCUCUGGUGAUGCACCAGCUGCGCUGUAAUGGUGUGCUGGAAGGCAUCAGGAUCUGCAGGAAGGGCUUCCCCAACAGGAUCCUCUAUGGAGACUUCAAACAGAGAUACCGAAUUCUGAACCCCAACUCGAUUCCUGAAGGGCAAUUCAUUGACAACAAGAAAGCUGCAGAGAAACUGUUGGGCUCUCUGGAUAUUGACCACAACCAGUACAAGCUCGGCCACACCAAGGUGUUUUUCAAAGCCGGGCUGUUGGGUCAGCUUGAAGAAAUGAGAGAUGAUCGAUUAGCGCUGAUCAUCACUGGAAUCCAAUCUCGGUCAAGAGGUCUUCUAGCCAGAAUUGAGUUCCAGAAGAUAGUCGAGCGGAGGGAUGCCCUCCUUGUGAUCCAGUGGAACAUCCGUGCCUUCAUGGGGGUCAAGAAUUGGCCUUGGAUGAAGAUGUAUUUCAAGAUCAAACCUCUCCUCAAAUCAGCAGAAACGGAAAAAGAAAUGGCCAACAUGAAGGAUGAGUUCAUGAAACUGAAAGAGGCUUACGCCAAAUCAGAAGCCCGGAAGAAGGAACUGGAGGAAAAGAUGGUCUCACUUCUCCAAGAGAAGAACGACCUGCAGCUCCAAGUUCAGGCUGAGCAAGACAAUCUGUGUGAUGCUGAAGAACGAUGUGAGGGCCUGAUAAAAAACAAAAUCCAACUGGAGGGAAAAACCAAAGAGUUGACUGAAAGACUGGAGGAUGAGGAAGAGAUGAAUGCUGAACUGACGGCUAAGAAGAGAAAAUUGGAGGACGAGUGCUCUGAGCUGAAGAAAGACAUAGAUGACUUGGAGUUAACCCUCGCAAAAGUGGAGAAGGAGAAGCAUGCGACUGAAAACAAGGUGAAGAACCUGACCGAGGAAAUGGCAGCUUUGGAUGAAAUCAUUGCCAAGCUGACCAAGGAGAAGAAAGCCUUGCAAGAAGCUCAUCAGCAAACCCUGGAUGACCUUCAGAGUGAAGAAGACAAAGUCAACACUCUGACCAAGGCCAAGUCCAAACUGGAGCAGCAAGUGGACGACCUGGAAGGGUCCCUCGAGCAAGAGAAGAAAGUGCGGAUGGACCUUGAAAGAGCAAAGCGAAAGCUUGAAGGGGACCUUAAAUUAGCUCAGGAGAGUAUUAUGGACCUGGAAAAUGACAAGCAGCAACUCGAAGAGAGGCUGAAAAAGAAGGAUUUUGAAAUUAACCAGCUUUCUGCCAAAAUAGAGGAUGAGCAGACCAUGAGUGCUCAACUCCAGAAAAAACUGAAGGAGUUGCAGGCCCGGAUCGAAGAGCUGGAGGAAGAGCUUGAGGCAGAGCGAGCUGCUCGGUCCAAGGUGGAGAAGCAGAGAGCAGACCUGGCCAGGGAGCUGGAGGAGAUCAGUGAGAGGCUGGAGGAGGCUGGUGGAGCAACAUCUGCCCAGAUUGAGAUGAACAAGAAGAGGGAGGCCGAGUUUCAGAAACUGCGCAGAGACCUUGAAGAGGCCACUCUGCAGCAUGAAUCCACCGCCGCCACACUGAGAAAGAAACAAGCCGACAGCGUCGCUGACCUGGGGGAGCAGAUCGACAACCUGCAGAGAGUCAAGCAGAAACUGGAAAAGGAGAAGAGCGAAUUCAGGCUGGAACUGGAUGACGUUGUUUCCAACAUGGAACACCUUGUCAAAGCUAAGAACAAUUUGGAGAAAAUGUGCAGGUCACUGGAAGAUCAGAUGAAUGAAUAUAGAACAAAGGCAGAAGAAGGACAACGUACCAUCAAUGACUUUGCCAUGCACAAAGCAAAACUCCAAACUGAGAAUGGUGAACUUUCUAGGCAACUGGAGGAGAAGGAUUCCCUAGUGUCUCAACUAACUCGAGGAAAACAGUCCAACACUCAACAAAUUGAAGACCUGAAACGACAACUGGAAGAGGAGGUCAAGGCCAAGAACGCCUUAGCCCAUGCUGUGCAGUCUUCUCGCCAUGACUGUGACCUCCUCAGAGAGCAGUAUGAGGAGGAGCAGGAGGCCAAGGCUGAACUGCAGCGUGGCAUGUCCAAGGCCAACUCUGAGGUGGCUCAGUGGAGAACUAAGUAUGAAACUGAUGCCAUCCAGAGGACUGAAGAGUUGGAGGAGGCUAAGAAGAAGCUGGCUCAGCGUCUGCAGGAUGCCGAGGAGGCCGUGGAAGCAGUGAAUGCUAAAUGUUCCUCUCUGGAGAAGACCAAACACAGACUGCAGAAUGAGAUUGAAGACCUCAUGGUGGAUGUGGAGCGGUCAAACGCCGCUGCUGCUGCCCUGGACAAGAAGCAAAGAAACUUUGACAAGGUCCUGGCAGAGUGGAAACAAAAGUAUGAGGAGUCUCAAACAGAGUUGGAAAGCUCUCAAAGGGAGGCAAGGUCUCUGAGCACAGAGCUCUUCAAACUGAAGAACUCCUAUGAGGAAUCUAUUGAGCAUCUGGAGACUAUGAAGAGAGAAAACAAGAACUUACAAGAGGAAAUAUCGGAUCUCACUGAACAAAUCAGUGAGGGUGCAAAGAGUAUCCAUGAGCUUGAGAAGAUUCGAAAGCAGCUGGAGCAGGAGAAGUCCGACAUCCAAACAGCUCUGGAAGAGGCAGAGGCCUCUCUGGAGCAUGAAGAAGGAAAGAUUCUCAGAGUCCAGCUUGAGUUCAGUCAGGUGAAGGCCGACAUUGAGCGCAAGCUGGCUGAGAAAGAUGAAGAGAUUGAACAAGCGAAGAGAAACCAACAAAGAGUAGUGGACAACCUUCAGAGCUCACUUGAGGCUGAGACCCGAAGCAGGAACGAGGCACUCCGUUUGAAGAAGAAGAUGGAGGGAGACCUCAAUGAGAUGGAGAUUCAACUGAGUCAGGCCAACAGACAGGCAGCUGAAGCUCAGAAACAACUCAAAUCUGUUCAUGCACACCUGAAGGAUUCUCAAAUCCAACUUGAUGAGUCUCUUCGUGCCAACGAUGAUCUUAAAGAGAACAUCGCCAUUGUGGAGAGACGUAACAACCUCAUUCAGGCCGAGCUGGAAGAACUGAGGGCUGCUCUUGAGCAAACUGAGAGAAGUCGCAAACUUGCUGAGCAAGAGUUGCUGGAUGUUAGCGAGAGGGUGCAGCUACUGCACUCACAAAACACCAGCCUGUUAAACCAAAAGAAGAAACUGGAGGCUGAUUUAUCUCAACUUCAGAGCGAAGUAGAAGAUGCAGUCCAGGAGUGCAGGAAUGCUGAAGAGAAGGCCAAGAAGGCCAUCACUGAUGCUGCCAUGAUGGCAGAGGAACUGAAGAAAGAACAGGACACCAGUUCUCACCUGGAGCGUAUGAAGAAGAACAUGGAGCAAACCAUCAAAGACCUGCAGCACCGUCUGGAUGAAGCCGAGCAAAUUGCCAUGAAGGGAGGCAAGAAGCAGGUGCAGAAACUCGAGGCCAGGAUCAGAGAACUUGAGGGUGAAGUAGAAGUUGAGCAGAGAAAGUCUAGCGAUGCUGUGAAGGGCAUGCGAAAGUAUGAGAGGCGCAUCAAAGAGCUAACUUACCAGACUGAAGAGGAUCGUAAGAACCUUGCCCGUCUGCAAGAUCUGGUGGAUAAGCUGCAGUUGAAAGUCAAAUCAUACAAGAGGACUGCUGAGGAAGCUGAAGAACAAGCCAACAGCAACCUUGUCAAGUCCCGUAAGAUUCAGCACGAACUGGACGAGGCUGAGGAAAGAGCUGACAUCGCGGAGUCUCAGGUCAACAAGUUACGGGCCAAGAGUCGUGAUGUAGGGUCCAAGAAAGGGCAGGAUGAAGAAUGAAGACCCUGGAACACCUCUGAGUUACCUGUGGUCUCCUGUACCUGAUGGUGAUUCUCCUAUUGGGCUAUCAAGUCAAAUAAAAUC